AUUUUAAUAAUGUAGCUAAAAACUAUUUUGUUAUUUGGUCUGCAGUAUUUCCUGCAGUGUCAGUUACUGUGUUUGAGUUUUCGUUCAAUACGAAGGAAUAGGAUUCGCAGGAUUCUGUCAGCGGAAACUGUCAAAAAAACCCUGAAGUUUGUACAGGUUAUACCUCAUUUUAAUUGCAUUAUUUGAUUUAUAUCGUUUCUGCAGAUCUAAUCGCAAUGCAAGCAGAAUCUGUUUGGAAAGAAGUAACGAGUGAUAUUUCUGGUGAUAUUGCAGAUUCUUGGUGGGCGAAAAUUGUGAAACAGUAUUCUGAUGAUGAAAGAGUCACACAUGAUAUGGAUUAUUUAAAAGAGACUUUUGAGCGAUUUGAAUCUGUAAGAAAAGAAUUGGAAUGCCCAAAUGCUGUUGCUUUAGCUUUGAUAUUUCUUUACUAUGAUUAUGACCCAAAAGCAAUGGAUUGCACAGACAAAAAUGUUGAACAUUUCAAAGAAUUUGCUUCUGAUGCAGGAAUUCCAGAUGAAUCCCCUCUCCGUACCAAAGUUUUACAUUUAAUGGAAGCUGCCUCAACUCAUAGCACUGAGGAACAUAAGACUGAUGGAGCAUUUGGUAAUGAAGACAGGCAUUAUUUUUUAGAUCUUGACAUAGCAGAUCUUGGCUCUGCACCUGAAAAGUAUUCUGUUUAUGUUGCAAAAAUUAAGAAAGAAUAUGCCUUCCUACCAGAAAGCAUGUACAAAAGUUUGAGAAUAAAGGUUCUAGAAAGUCUCCUGCAGAUCCCAAAUAUAUAUGCUACUCGUGAAUUUCGAGAAAAAUAUGAAAAUCAAGCCAGAAGAAAUGUUGAGGAUGAAGUCAAGAGUUUAAAAACAUAAGAAGUUGUGCAUAUCACACAAGUGUCACUAAUAGUGAUAUUCAGUGUGUGUAGGUUGUAUACAUUCUCUUUGUGCCUGUGUUUAAGCUACCGUUAUCUACAGAGAUAUACCAUCUAGUAUUGUCUACUAUAUAAGUGUAUCUAGAAUGAUGAAUUCUUGAUAAUUGUACCAAAGCAUUUGCUGUUACUGUCAAAAUAGAUCUCAAUGUGGUGCAAGGUGUGCCUUCGUCCAUUUGAUAGCAUAUUUAUGAAAAUUUUAUUUAUUCAGCAGAGUACAUAGGCAGAUAAAUAAUUUCAUUUCAUAGAAUGAAUUAGCGUAUGUUAUUUGUCAAUGUACUUUGAAAAAGUAUUCUAGUCACUAUCUGUGUCAGGUAUGUUCAGAUAACUCUGAUUCUUUGACUUUACAUUCAGACUGGCCCAAGUUUCUUUGCAUGACAUCAUAAUGUUUAGUAACUGUUUACCAUUAUUUUGGCUCUCAGAAAAACUGUAACUUAAGUGUAGCCAAAUAGUUGUUUUGACUUUCAUUUACAUAUUGCACUAUCAGUGUGCAUAUGUAUAUGAACUUCAUAGCUUUGUGGUCUUACAUCAUUGUAUCUGCUUGUUAUUCGCUGCAAAGUCAAAAGAUGUUAUUUCCUUUUGUUUUAAAAUAAAAUUUCCUGUCUUCAAUAUAUUCCAAUGGGUCAGUGUUGCAAGAGAAGUAUGUUAUAAAAUUCUCAUGUACAGUAGCUCCCUGUAAGUAAGUGGUAAUUUUGUCUCUUCAUUUUAAUGUGAAUUUUAUUGUGGAAAUAAUGAAAUUUUGUGAGAUGACCCGUUUGUUAUAAUAAGUGCUUUCAUAACAUGAGAUGUAAUUUUUCAGAAGGCUCCCAUGUAAAAUCACUGUCACGAUUGGGACUGAGGUGCUACCUGAUUUUAAUGACAGAGAAUUUCAUUUAUGUAAGCCAAGUGAUCUGGAUAUGGGAUCUAAUGUGCCAACCACAUUUUGCCCAGCAAAAGUUCCAUUCCAUCAUAUUGAAACUCUGCCAUGGUUGUUUAUCAAUGCAAUUUUUAGGAAUAUGUCCUUGACAUAUUUUCUCAUAGCUACUUUUUUAAGUUAUUUAUUUUAUGUAUGUUAUGUGGUAACUUAUAUUGAUGUUUUUGAAGUUAAACUUCAAUUUCUUGAUUAAAAAAUGGAUUUAAAAAUAUCUGUGGCUAAAGGCAUUAUUUUUAAGCUCUCUUUAGAAUGAAAAUUAUGUGUAAGAAAGACAAGAAAAAAAUAGUUUUGUGGAUGUAUCUAUUGUUUUACAUUUAUAUUUUAUUUUUCCAUUAUUCUGUAACAGACCUGUGUAAUUCAGAAAUUAUAGUUUAUAUUCUGAACAUGAAUUAAACUGUUUGUUCUCUUAUCAUUUUUCAUUGUUCUGUGAGAUAUUUGGUUAGUAAGUAAUUUUAUUCAAAAAAUCCUUACAGUCCUCCAUUUCCCUGUACUCUGAUGCUCUACAUUCUGUAUUCCGAUAACGAAGAUACCUCCUUUACUUUUGUGCCUUUCAAUUAAUAAUUUCUCUUCAACACUGGGAAAAAGUAGAAAUUAAAUUAAUUUGAAAUGAAACAUUUAAAUCAGAGCUGAUCUAAGUAGAUAUGUAUUACUUAUCUAGAAAAUACAAAAUUAAAUUGUAAAUUGUGCCAUCCAGCUUUUUUAUUUGAAUGUAUUUUACCACUUAAUAUUAACUGAACAUGAAAAGCUGAAUUUCAGUUCAAAUAAUGGGAAUUAUGCCAAUGUAAAGUUCAAGAACAAUAUAGGAACUGCCCUACACAUUAAUAAAUCUUUCUUAUGAAAGUGAAAUCACAGAUAUUAAUUAGGUUAUUUCUCAACAAGGUGCUUAACAUUGCUUCAAGAAACAGUUGGCAAAUUCUGAGAAUUAUUCAUUUUUGUGUCUGAUAAAAUACUUCCUACAAAAUAAUUCAAAGCCAUUGCAUACAUUCUGUGUUGUAAGAUCUACUAAAUAAUUAAUAGGUACAAGCAAGGCUUCAAAUAGAAAUUGUUUUCACCAGUUAACUAUUAUUUCAGUAAACAUUUGCUGGAACAAUACUGAAGUGAAAUGGUUUCUCUUUUUAAAGUUCUUCAUUAUUUUGAACAACUUGUAAUGCUUGAUUCACAUUUCAACAAGUAACUCAGUGGGUCUGUGAUUUCAGUUGUUUUUCUAAUCUCUAGAAGAUUUAUGCC